AUGGUUCGUAAGGACGCUCGUACGUACACUUCAUCAGCCAGAUAUCAGCGGCUUAGUCAGGAGGACGAUGGCUUUGUCGAUGCUCAGUUCAAGGCCGGGCCCAAGCGCAUCCCCUGGAGAGCUAUACGCUAUGCCAUCCUCCUAUUCACCGCCGGUACGCUCUUGCUCGUCGUUGGGAGUCUCCUCGUCACGGGCUACUUCGAUGAGAAAUACGCCGAUCGUACGUGGCCGGUGAUCAUCCUGGGCGCCCUGAUGUUUAUACCCGGGGCGUAUCAUUCCUAUAUCGCCUAUUACGCCUUCAAAGGAUACGAAGGAUUUUCUUUUGAUGACAUUCCUUGCUAUGACGAUGACUGA